AUGUUUGCUGCAAUUCCAUUUGUUUUUGCUCUGGUUGUAAGUGUUGGCGCAUAUGAAGUUACAAUAAGAGGAUUUUUCAUGUGUGAUAGAGAUAAUCAAACGCCGAUAUUUGUCGAACUAAUGACACUCAACGCAUUCAAAGACGAUCAACUGAGCUGGGUGAACACUCCAGUGUACAAAACGUUUGUUAUCAAAGGAAAGAAGGAUGACUUUUUCGGAUUUAAGCCGUACCUGAAGGUUAUGCAUAGAUGUCGUGGUUUCGAUGAAACAAUCUACGUGAAUCUCCCGCGCCAAAGAAAAGACGCCUUCAUCGAUCUUGGAAUGGUAGAUCUGGAUGAUCCAGAGACUAGAGAUUCCGUUAAUUCGAAGUAUCUUUGA